UAUGUGUGAUAAAUAUAUAUACGCUUAUUUCUGGACGAUGUAACCGCGACGUCGACGAAAUAUUCAAUUUGUGGCAUUUUUUGAACAUAGCCGGCGCGUCCGCAUUCAUUACCUACGUCUCUAUCUCAUCAGCCAAGGAGCCCUAAUUUUGGAAAUUGGAAUUCUUAAUGGAUAAUAUUUUCAUAAAUAUCUUCUUGGCAAAUUUAUAACGUGACGGUUACGAUUGAUUAUUCGGAAAGUGUUCCAAAAGUGUUCGCAAUUAAUUUCAGCGGAAACGACGGAAACGUGAAAUUAUAAUUUACCUAAUUGGAACUCCGUUAAUAGCUUGAGUGCUGUGCACCAUUGAAAUUGUACUGAAAAAUUCAUAGUGCAUUGUGUGCGUUAUAUGUGUUGGAACCGCGUCUUCCCUCCAAACAGAAGGACCGGGUGCCUUGCAAGGAUCGCCUUACCUGUGAGCAAGGACACCUUCCCGAUAUUCAGAAACUGAAAAUUGAAAGGAUUACGAACUAGUGCAAUCGACGUUUCUACUCACUCAAGCUGGAAUCCCGCGCGAAGGGUAACUUCGAGAUACCGACCCCCACAAAUACAGAAUGGAUAGUGGAAGCACACCAACACAUCAACAGCAAUUCUGUCUGAGAUGGCACAAUCAUCAGACCAGUCUUCUAAGCUCAUUGCCUUUACUGCUCGACCAAUCACAUUUAACAGAUGUCACCCUCUCAGCCGAAGGAAAAACCCUACGUGCUCAUCGUGUUGUUCUUAGUGCGUGUAGUACAUUUUUCUCAGAAUUAUUUCGAACUUUGGACUCAUCAUUUCAUCCAGUCAUCGUCAUUCCAGGAGCUUCGUUUGGAGCUGUUGUAGCUCUCCUUACAUUUAUGUACUCGGGUGAAGUAAAUGUAUUCGAAGAGCAAAUACCAACCCUACUAACUUUAGCCGAAACGUUAGGUAUUAAAGGAUUAGCUGAUUUUCAUAACAAUAAUUCGUCCAAAUCACCUAAAACUGAACCUGCCGAUCAACCUAAAGAAACGGAAUCACCGUCUUCAGCAUCAUCAAAAAUGCCUUCACCCUUAGAAAAUUUUUUUAUGAAAUCACUGCAAUUUUAUCCAAACUUAAUGCCUCAACCACUCAAUUUCUCACAGUCGGCAUUGAACAAAACAUCUGAAUUCAUCGCCAAAUAUCAACAGCACUGCAACCUUAUGCAGCAAGCAGCGAAGGAAAAUGACUCCUCAUUACUCGAUGAGAAUAGUAAUAAAAGAAGCAACAAUUCAACCGAGAGAAAAUUCAAAGAGAUGAAAAAAAUCGAUAAAAUUGCCGAAAACUUACGAAGCGCUACAACCAAUAAACCGUGUAUUGACCCAGUAGCGCCUAAAUUACCAAUGAAAAUGCCACAUUCACCCCCAUCAUCGUUGGCCCUCAAGCCACCACCAUUUCCACCGUUACCUCAUCAUUUUAUGACUACAGAAGAAUCCUCGAAAGGUCCUGAGGGGAUACCAACAGGCUCACCGCACCCACCGGCUCCGUCAUAUUCCCCACCUGAGAACCUAUCCACCAGCGAAUCUUUACUGGAAAAGACAAUAUCAGGCACAGCCACAACAAAGACACCAAAUGCUAAAUUAUAUGCUACAUGUUUUAUAUGUCAUAAGCAACUAAGUAACCAAUAUAAUCUAAGAGUACAUCUAGAGACGCAUCAGAAUGUUAGGUAUGCCUGCAAUGUUUGUUCGCAUGUUUCACGAAGUAAAGACGCCCUACGUAAACAUGUUUCAUAUCGGCACCCGGGGGCUCCCAGCCCUUGCGAAUCCGAAACAAGAAGAAAGCGAUCAAAGACCCUCGCCGCACCCUUCCACCUAAUGAAACCCGAACCGACCGAACUGCAAUCUACAGCAUCACCACAGACUCCAUCGAAUCAACCAUUUAUGUUUCUGCAAAAUCAAUUUCAUCCUCCAAACGGUAGCCCACAGUCGACAUCGGCUCCAACUACCCCCGGAACUCCUACUUCCAGUGAAAUAACGAAUACAAAAAAGGAAUCGACAAACUCCGAAAUAGCGGAUUCUGUGUGAUUGUCAUGCUGUUAUGACUACUCCUCCGAAAUCUACACACGUAUCUUCAUAAUGUUUAAUCUAUACGACCAUCAUCCCUAGCUGUGAUAGUUAAAUCCGUCGAUUGUUCAUAAUUUAAUCAGAAGCCACAUCUCAUGAAGGAAAUCACUGUAUCCACCGUAUUGUGCCAUAUUAUCAAGCAACUCCCUUGUUCUCACCUGUUCAGUCAGUUGUAACGAUGUAAUGAGUUUUAGUCACUAGAAUAAUAGCUAUUUAUUAUUAUUGUUUACUUCUAGUCAAGAGAGUACAUAAAAGACAAUUUAUUACCUGUUUAUUGUUGUAAAUAGUAUUAAGUAUUUAUUUUGAAUCUAUCUCUUAGGAUUGUUGAUUAAACGAACA